AUGGUGGUAACAAGAUCCCACAAGACGUUCAAUGACGAUGAACCUUUUGUUUCUGAUGAAAUAAAGGCCAAGAAAGAUCUAAUCAUCAAUAAGCAAGAAGAAUCUGAGUCUGACAGUGAAGACGAGGCUCCUGAAGAGGAGUCAAUUUCGGACUCAAAGAAAAAUGCACUAGCAAGGCAAAAAGCUGAAGAGGAAUUACUGAAGCAAAAACGUGCUGCUGCUAAGGCCAAACACAGAGAAGUUGAAGAAAAGAGAAAGAUCACUAAACUCGAAAAGGAGCUAAAAGAGCUAGAAAAGAAGCGUAAGGAAUUGGAAGGUAUUUCUGAAGACCUUCCGGAGGAACUUCCCGAAGAUUUGCUUGAAGACAUUGAUUUGGAUAAGCCUGCUCCAAGUAAGAUUGUUUUCAACAAUGAAGAAGAGGAAGAAAAGAUUCAGAAAGCAAAUAAAAGGAAGAACAGACAGGAAAGAUUGCAAAAGCUGAGGGAAUUGAAAGGCAAAACCGAGAAACAAGUUUCCGGAGGGAUCCACGUGAAAGUUUUGGGUGACAAUAAGAAAACUACGAAUUUCAGUAGCAAAGAUAUUGCCACAAAGAAAGAUCAGUGGUUGAUGAGAAAGCGUAUACGUAGAGAGUAA